AUGGCGGCUUCAGUUCUCCACCUCCGCCUCCUCCCCUCGCCGCCGGCGGGUGUGAAGCUUCAGCAGCGACAGCUGCGCUCGAGAAUACAGAGGCAGGGUGGACUAUCUCGAAGAUUUUUGAAAGUCGUGUCCUAUUACGGUCUCACAACUCCGCCAUAUAAACUGGAUGCUCUGGAACCUUAUAUGAGCAAGAGGACAGUUGAACUUCACUGGGGUAAGCACCAUCAAGAUUACGUGGAUGGCUUGAAUAAGCAGCUGGCUACCAGCCCUCUGUAUGGAUACACUCUGGAGGAUCUGAUAAAAGAAGCUUACAACAAUGGCAAUCCAUUACCAGAGUAUAACAAUGCAGCACAGGUCUGGAACCAUCACUUCUUCUGGGAAUCAAUGCAACCAGAUGGUGGUGGCUUACCUGAGGGAGGUGUACUGCAGCAGAUUGAAAAGGAUUUUGGCUCAUUUACUAAUUUUAGGGAAGAGUUCAUCCGCUCAUCCUUACAACUAUUGGGGUCUGGUUGGGUUUGGCUUGUCUUGAAGAGAAAUGAGAGAAAACUUUCAGUGGUUCACACACGAAAUGCUAUCUCCCCACUUGCUUUUGGCGAUAUUCCAAUCAUCAGCCUAGACUUAUGGGAGCAUGCUUACUACUUAGACUACAAGGAUGAUAGGCUAACCUAUGUUACAAACUUUAUGGACCAUCUCAUCUCUUGGCAUACUGUCACUCUACGCAUGAUGCGUGCGGAGUCUUUUGUGAACCUUGGUGAGCCAAAUAUCCCGGUGGCAUGA